ACCGCCGGCGAACGGAGAAAGAUGGUGGCGGUUGUACACUAACUAAGGGAACUAAGUACGGUACGAUUGAAGUUUUAAAAAAAUGUCAUAUUGUAAGGAGGAAGGAAAGGACAGGAUUAUCUUUGUGACCAAAGAGGACCAGGACGAGCCCAUCCUGACGAAAGAUGUCAAAGAGCUAGGGACAGAAGACUCUCCAGAGGAGGGAGAAGGUCUGAUCCUUGAGAAUGGUGAGAUCAACUGGAACUGCCCCUGCCUUGGGGGAAUGGCCAGCGGGCCGUGCGGAGUGGAGUUCAGGGAUGCCUUCUCCUGUUUUCACUACAGUGAGGAAGAUCCCAAAGGGUCGGAUUGCAUAGACAAUUUCCGCACCAUGCAAGAGUGUAUGGUCAGUUAUCCUGAUCUGUACCCUGUUGGAGGAGAAGAUAAGGCUGAAGAUAAGAAGGAGAAGGAGGAGCUGGCAAAAGAUGAAGCAUCUUCAUCAAUACCGGAUGAAGAUUCUCAAGUUAAGAGUGCUCCUACAUCUGAGGAGAAGGAGGAGCUGCCGAAUGAGGAGGCAUCUUCAUCAUCACCGCAUGCAGAAUCUCCAGUGGAGACUGCUCCUCCAUCAUCUGUAGAACAUAAAACUGAUGAAAUUGCAGAGGAGGCGAAGGUAUCAGACCAGCCAGAGAGUAAAUCUUGAUGUCUGUUCAUCAUCAUGUUAAUACAGAGACUCUUUAUAGAAAGUAGUUAUUCAGUAUUCACUAAUAAUGGUGAUUAUUUGAUUUGUAAAGUGAAUGAUAAAAUCAAGAAAUUUGCAGUUGGAUAUCUUUUGAAAAGUCAGAAUUUUCAGGAGCCAGGUUUACAAUUUUGUUUCUACCAUGUACAUACUUUUAUCAAUUCCACCUAAAAGUGAGUGCGUUUUUUUAUCUUGAGAAUGUAUCGACCACCCUGUUCAUAAUUUGGACAGUUUUGGACCACUCAGUGUGUAUUAUCAGAACCAGUUAUUAAAAUAACUAAGAACCUUUUGUUAAGCAAGUAUUUGGAAUAGCCUUUUAUUAAAUUCACAUGAGGUUUAGAAAUUCUGGUUAAGACCAUCUG